AUGCCACUGGCCCAGCCCCGUCGGCGGCGAUGCUGGAGCCAUCAAUCAAGCAGAGACGUCCAGGCAUCCUGCUUCACUCGGUUCGCAAAGCCGUCCUGCCCGCCGUUCCCCGUGCGCCGUCAUCGACACUCCCCCCUCCUCCUCCCUGAUCCGGCUCACGAUGCGUUAGCCGGCCGUCACCAAGGGCUCCGUGGCGUUGUCACUUCCGUGUAG